ACUAGUCCCGCCCCCACCAAGCCUAACCCUAACCCCACGCUCUCGCCCCAACUUCCGGUACGCCCUACUCGAGGUCGCCGUCGUGGCGGGAAAGACACUCUGCCGGCCUCAUAGCUGCCCACGGAGGGUCGGGGCCCUACGGCCUGGCCUUCUUCUCCAGAGAACUCCCACUGACGGGUUACACGACGACCACUUAGACGACAUCCUGCUAUCCCGGCUUCGCCAGACGCUCUGAACGCACCGACCAAAAUGGCCGCCGCCCGCAGAAGCCGGUCCGAGCGUCGCGGGGGCGUUUGGGAGUUGUAGUCCGGCCCGACGCGCUGACGCACUUCGUCGCAGGCCGACGGGCGCCAUUGUGCGGCGCGCGCCGGGAUUCUACCCACUCUCACGAGAGACACACUGAGGAGGAAAGUAUGACUUCCAGGCUUCCGACAGCCUGGUCCUCUGAACCAGUGACCUUUGAAGAUGUAACACUGGGUUUUACCCCUGAGGAAUGGGGACUGCUGGACCUCAACCAGAAGUCUCUGUACAAGGAAGUGAUACUGGAGAACUACAGGAACCUGGUCUCAGUGGAACAUCAGCUUUCCAAACCAGAUGUGGUAUCUCGGUUAGAGGAGGCAGAAGAGUUUUGGCCGGUGGAGAGAGGAAUUCCUCAAGACACUUUUUCAGAAUGUCCUGGGACUCGGGAAGACCCUGAGGUAGAGUCUCGUCCUGCUGAGAAUCCCCUGAUGAAGAUUAAGGUUGUUGAGGUCCUCACACUGAACCAGGAGGUAGCUGGUCCUCGGAAUGCCCAGAUCCGGGCUCUAUAUGCUGAAGAUAGAGGCUCAAGUCCAGACAUCCUCAAGGAGCCAACCCAACAGCUGGGCAAACAUCCAGCUGACUCUGAGGCUGCUCGCCAGAGGUUCCGGCAGUUCCAUUAUGAGGAGGUGAUGGGUCCCCAGGAGGCCUUGACUCAGCUCCGAGAGCUUUGUCACCAGUGGCUGCAGCCUGAGGUACUCUCCAAGGAGCAAAUCCUGGAGUUGCUGGUGAUGGAGCAAUUCCUGGGUGUGCUGCCUGGGAAGUUUCGGUCAUGGGUGGAAUCUCAGCACCCGGAGAACUGCCAGGAGGUGGUGGCCCUGGUAGAGGAUGUGACGAUGAUAUCCAAGGAGGAAGGACGGCCUGCUCAUGGCCCUGCCUGCCAUCUUGAGGUCACUGCUCAGCAGGAAGAGGAGGAGGACACAGCUGUCUGCCCAGUGACGGUGCUGCCUGAGGAGUCAGUGACCUUCCAAGAUGUGGCUGUGGACUUCAACAGGGAGGAGUGGGAGCUGCUGGGCCCAACACAAAGAACCGAGUACCAUGAUGUGAUGCUAGAGACCUUUGGAAACCUGGUCUCUGUGGGGUGGGAGACUACACUGGAAAGUAAACCGGUAACUCCAAAGUCUGACAUUCCUGAGGAAGAACCAGCCCACAGCCCAAACAUGCAAGAAUUCGCAAAGGAUUGUGCCUUGUCCACUACCUCUGAAGAUGUCUCACAGGACAGAGUCCCAGAAGUCCUAGACACAUCUUUGAAACAAGUGGGGUUCACUCAAGAAGAUCUCUCUCAGAAGCAGCAUUGUGAAAACCCCAAAUCCCAGGCAAACACUAGUCUUGACACAAGACAAGUUUCAGUCCAGAAAAUUCCUCCUAAAAAAAGUUUACGCAAACAUGGUUCACGGGUUAAAAAUAUGACUCGUAAUUCACAUGUAAAGAUUCAUCAGAAGAGCCAUGUAACAGAAAAGGCCAGGAAACACUGUGGUUGUGGGAAAACAGCCAGCCGGAAUGCUCAGCAUAUUACAUUUAUAAGAAUUCAGAAAGGGAGCCAAAUUUGCCGAUGCAGUGAAUGUGGUAAAAUGUUCCGGAACCCAAGGUACUUUUCUGUACAUAAAAAAAUCCAUACUGGAGAGAAGCCCUAUGGGUGUCGGAUCUGUGGGAAAGCAUUUGUUCAGAGCUCUUCCCUCACACAACAUGAAAGAGUUCAUACUGGAGAGAGACCUUUUGAAUGCCAAGAGUGUGGGAGGACCUUCAAUGAUCGCUCAGCCAUCUCCCAGCAUCUGAGGACUCAUACGGGAGCUAAACCCUUCCGGUGUCAGGACUGUGGAAAAGCCUUCCGCCAGAGUUCCCACCUCAUCAGGCAUCAGAGAACUCACACUGGGGAGCGCCCUUAUGUCUGCAACAAAUGUGGAAAAGCCUUUACCCAGAGCUCCCAUCUUAUUGGGCAUCAGAAAACACACAGUGGUACAAAGCGCAAGAAGAAACAGCCUACCUCGUAGCUUUCAAAUCUGUUAAAAGAAAUGUUGCCUCUUCAACUUGAUCCCACAGUGUAACCCACACAGGAUUGGGUGAGAUUUGGGACUUGCAUUGGGUGAGAAUGUUCCAAGACCAAAGGACAACAAGGAAAACCUCUUAGUACAUAAUGAGUAAAUAAACCUGAUAGGGAGUUAAUGAAUUUACCAGUUGGAAAAAAAUAUAUUUAAUUUUCCAGUCAGUUGA